GCGUUUGAAUCAACGCAAAUCGAUUUAUAGUUUUUAAAAGCAAUGUAAAAGAAUGGCUUAUUAUUGAAUGUAUUGAUGAGGUGCUUUGUCUAACAUUAAGGAAUGUUACAUUUUGUGAGUAUCUUUACAUUAGUUUCAGAGAAGGUGCGUCUCAUUUCGUUCCCUAUAUCGUGAAUCAUAAACACGCACUGGCAAGUUGACUGUUGACUGUUUCGAAACCCUGGAAUCAAUGCACGCUGACGACACCUGCUUGUGAAAACCAUAGACAUAACUGUCUUAUUAUUGGGAGGUGAUAGGGUCUGCUCUAGCCUCUUACCAUUGGAAAAAACCUAUAAAUCUUUAUAUUUUGCUUGCCUUCAUUCAUUAAAAAGCAUUAUAUAAUUAUUAGUCAUACACAGCAGUCAUAAAUCAUUACAAUUCAAGUGUAAUUUAUUUGUUGAAACCUGGAAGCCACAGAGAGAACACAUCAUCAUCAUUAUUAUUAUUUUUUCAUUAAACAACAAUAUAAUACAACAUUAUAAUUAAAUUACUAAUUUUCUCUAUUCAUUAAAAUGCAUAAUAUCAGCAUAGCAGCCAUAGUCAUUCAAGUCGUAUUAUAGUCGGUAAAACCUGAAAGCCAAAGAAAGAAAACAUUGAUAUUGUUUAUUGUCCUUAGAAAAUAUACAAUAUCACUAAAUGUUACACAACACCUAUUAUUAAUUACUACUACACAUUUGCUAGUGGUGGUGGUAAUGCUGUAAAUGUGUCAAACCUGUCGUGACAUUCCCUUCUCUGCCAUCUCUUAAAAAUAACAUUUUUAUCAAUGUAAAAUCUGCACAUAGUUCCGGACGAAAGUAUCGAUUAAUGUAAAACAUGUUGAAGAUUAGCAGACCGGCUGUCUAUUUAUUAAAUGACCUAUUUCCUCACAAAAGCUGUUGGUAUAAAAAACUGCCUCUUAUCUUCUUCCCUGCAUUAGCGUUAACCAUUACGCCUUUUAGCUAAAGGUUGCAGACUUGCAUUUCUGUGGCUUUGUAAUAACAUAUAAACGCCUCAUUGGCUGCUUUGGACCGUUGCUGCAAUACAUCACUGAGUUUGCCAUACUGGACCCCAGUCUGACUGCUCUUUUAACAAAUUUAAGCAUACAAGGAGCUGGGGUUUUUCUGGGCAAAAAGCACAAUAACUGAAACAGGAAGACAGGGCGGGACAUAUUGAACAGCUCCUCCCAUUAAAAAUUGCCAAUAGUGUUUUGUUUACAUCACAGCUCGGCCAGAGCCGUUGAGCUUGGUAAAGCUGCAGUUUCUUCCUAAUCUCUAUCCGUUUCUCCUCCUGAUCUUCUCUGUAUCUUUAAAAUAUAUCAUUCAGUGCAGAAUUAAAAUGGGUCAUGGCAUCUGAUCUAUUAUACUCGAUUGCCACACUACUGGAUCCAGCAUACAAAAACGGGUAUAUGGGGGUAAACGGGUAUAAAAUAUAAGUACAAUGUUAAAACAUGUAUGUAUACAAUAUGUGCAUUGUAUCAAAUUAUUAAUUUAAAUGUAAUUAGUUAAGGCCACCUAAUAUAAAGUGGGACUGUAUUUUUUUAUUGCUCCAGGUACUUCAGAAAUACAGAAACCUCAAGACAUGCAAAGGAUGUAUUGCAGAUAGAGAUGUUCAAUGAUAAUCGUGAUUAUAUAUGUGUGUUUGUUCUGUGUGUAAUUGUAUAUACAUAAAAUGUAAAUAUGUAAAUAAAUACACAUUCAUGUAUGUAUUUAAGAAAAAUAUCUUAUAUGUAUAUAAAAUAUUUAUUUUUAUAUAAUAUCAAUAUAUAAAAAUAUAAAUAUAUGUAUAUUUAUACAUAUAUAUUUCUUAACCCCUUAACUGUCACCCCCCUUUUUGGGGAUACAUGUGACAAUGCACUAUACAAACUUAAACAGCUGUAAUUCAUGCACACUUUGGAAUAUAAACAUAAGGUUGGUCUCUUUUGAAAGAAGACACUUAGAAGACUAUUGCUGUAUUAGAAUAAUUAAAAAAAAAUCUUUUUUGUUUAAAAGUUAUUGAAUUUAAGUUUAAGUUAAAAUCUUUGUUUUAUUCUAAUUUAUAUAUUUUAAAAAAUGUGUUUCAGCCUAAAAAUGCUAAAAAGUAAAACCCAUAAGUCUAAUCAAGUUGUUUCAAAUUUCAUCUUGAUAUCUAAAAAAAAGUUUUUUGUUUUUGCUUCUAUAAGACAAAAGGCCACUAGGAGUCACCAAAGCUCCUUUUGUGACCCCUAAAGCCCCGGGUAUACUUCACUUUCUGUGCCCGGACGUGUCACGUGCGCAGUCGCGUCCGCGCGUCUUUCAAAGUAUACUAAACCAAGGAUGCGCGCAGAUGACAGGGUUUGACAAGUGCAGUGCAGUUUUUUCUAUACUAAUACCAGACAACCGGACAUUCACUAGGCAGGAUCGGAGAAGAAAAAUAGUGCAGCCACCACUGCAGCAUAGCUCAGAAGAUACACCAAGAGAACAGGAAUCAAAAACAAUGGAGAAGGCAUGCUUUUGAGUUUUCUCGUCUUAUUUUUGAAUCGUUCUUUACACACUCUUCUUCGAUGACUGCACGUGCUCAGUGCGUACUGUGCGUAUUGCCACCUAUAGUGGACUCUUCUUUCCUGUUUGCGCAUGCACUGUUGUUUGCGCAUGCACUGUUGCAUGCGCACCAUCCGCGCAUUUGCGCUGCGCGCGGACGGGGUGUGCGGCCAGCCGCGAGCCCUCCGCAUGAUGAAAAUUACGUCACGCGGAUGGUGCACAAACGCGGACGGCUGAAGUAUACCUGGGGCUUAAAAGUCAUUUAGUUACUUGAACUGACAUCUGAGCAUUCCAAUCUGUAAGCUCCAGAACCAGGGCUUCACAGAACUCUCUUUGUGUUAUGGGUUUUUGGUUCUGUGCUACAGCUAUCCGCUGAUGAAUGAUGAACGCAUUCAGUACAGCAAUAUCGAUGAAGUGGUAGAACAGGGCACGGUCCCACUUCCUGGUCUUUCGCAGAAUGGUGUAAUAGCUGAUGAGGGCAUCGGAGUGAUCAACUCCUCCCAUGUUCCUGUGUGGAAAAUAAUAAGGAUAUGUUUCAAAUCUAAAGUAAAACAUAACCAAGUAAAUAAAAUAUGAACAUAUCUACAAUUUUAUUUAUUCAACAUCACUGAAUAAAUUUAACUCACUUGUUGUAGUCAGCCACUGCAGCAGGUAUAGGAACAGUAAGCUCCGUCCAUUCCCCACUUCUCGCCCUCAUCCUCCUCUGUACCGUGCGGUCUCUAUUUGCUGAAUGGAAGGAGGAGCACAUGAGCACCUCCCUGGUGUCCUUCCAUUCAAGCUUGUCAUUGCAAAUCCAUCUCAUACUACCACGGGGAGCAUUUCGGGGCAGUCUGUUGUCAGUGGCUUGCGGGAAGCCCACCCGGUUGCUGUGAAUUGUCCCACAGACCCAGAUGGAGGAGGUCUCGGAACAGUGUUGGGCUGGUGUAGAAAUUGUCCACAUAAGGCUUGUAGCCUGUUCCUAACAUUUUCUCAUCUACCAGCGCCAUCUCCGAUUCAUAGCUGAGUCCUUUAGUUUGCUCUGCUUGUGCCACAGGGGAUUUGCCUUCAUAGAUAAAAAAAAAAUCCCAUGUGUAGCCAUAUGUGGAAUCAGCUAAAACAAAAAGUUUGUACCCCCAUUUUGUUCUCCAUCAUGUAUUGUUUUAGCACAAUCCUCGCCUUUGAUGCCACCAUCCAUUCGUCUAUUGCAAUGUUCUGAUGAGGAUGGAAGAAGGUCUUGCAGGCAUCACGUAUAUGCUGAUAGACCGGCUUCAGUUUGCCAAGGCGAUCAUAAGCCGGGGUUCCUUUUUUCUUUCAUGUUCUCAGCAUCCUUUUUUGGAUCACUAAGAUGCAGUGCCGAUGAUAUUGCGUGAAAUUUCCUACCUGAAAUUACACUUGCUGGAAAGCCUAUUCUAAAGAGUCUGUACCCAUUCCAGUAAUCCGUCAGAGCAGGUACUUUUACCAGACACAUGUAAAUUACUACCGACAGGUAGGAGUGUAGAUCCUUUACGGACAUGUCCUGCCAUGGCUUCCUUGAAGCAUCUUGAUUUUUUGCUGCAUAAGCAUUAGAAUUUUGAAUAAUCGUCUGGCAUACUGAGGAUGAAAGAUACAGUUGAAAGAGUUCUAGAGCAGGGGUUCCCAAACUUUUCAGCCCACGACCCCCAAAAUAACGGUGCCAGUGACUCAUGACCCCCACUAUCAUCAGAGGUGGUUAAAGUAUAAAAAUCUUUUCGCACAAGUAGGUAGUGCCAAACGGCAUCAGUACAUCCAUAGCGGCCUUGGACAGCUGUGGGUAUUACUGAAAUCCAAAACUUAGCCAGCGUCUUGGAAUUAAACGCUGUCUUUAAGGUUCGGUCCCUUGACAGUUGCAACCAAUGCGUACUCCAUGUCGGAUGUCAGAUGAUUUGCCCUUGUUACAGUGAAUGGUGAUCAUAUCCAGUCAAAUUGUUCUGGAGCUGUUUCUUCUGGGAAAUACCUGUUAAAGUGUUCCAGGAGGGCUUGAAGGUGGGUAGUGAUAGACUUCUUCACUAUGUUAACACAUCAUUUUCCUCUAUGAAUUCGUCCAGCUCAGAAAACAUCAAUCCUACCCAUUUCAACUUGCUUUCACGUUCCCUCAAGCGAGGUGCAAAACAGAAUUCCUCGUUAUGUUUCCCCUCAAAACUUUUUCUCACGAAUACAAGAAGCUGGGGAGAGUUUGAUACAUCUGUGGAUUCAUCUAACUGUAAAGCAUAUUUCCCUUUAUUCACUCUGUCCACCAGCUGACACUUUAUGUCCUGGGCCAUGUCGGAGAUGCGCUGGGCAAUAGUCCCAUUAGACAGAGGCACGGCUUCUAGCGCACGGGCCAGUUUAUCCCCAUGCAUAGCCCGACUUAUAGCUAAAGCAGCAGGUUUGAUAAGGGUUUCCCCGAACAUGUGUGGCUUUUUUGCCUGUGCAAUUAAAUAUGCCACCUCAAAUGACGCCUGUUGAGCUUUGGCAGGGAUUGUUGUCUGUUUAGUUAGGACUUUCUUUUGGCCUUGCAACUCUCGCUCCUUUCGUUGGAAAAAAACUACUGGUUUAACAGCAAGAGAGGGGUGCUUGGUUUUCAAGUCCCGCAGCAUUUUUACAGGUUUUAGGCUUUCAUGUGCAAGCACCUCAGUGCACACUACGCAUUGGGGAUGUUGUACUCAUGUGACACAUGUGAAACCAUACUGGAUAAAUUUGUCUCUAUACUUUCUACACUUGGAGAAAGGCUGAUCCGACUGCUGAAGGAUGUCCUUUUUAUGCACACACCCUCCUCUUUUUGUACCUGAGGUUGAUGACAUUUCUGACGGUGGUGCUUCUCCGCUCUCAUCUGCUGGCCUCCCAGCGUUGUCUUUGGUCGAUAUUAACCAACGUUUCAUAUCGACAAAAAUAGGUUGAUAUCCUAAGAUUAAAACAAAAAUUACCUACGUGCACAUGUUGGAAUGUUUAGCAUGGUGAGAAUUGACCUGCUGCAAAUGAUGCUGUUGCUAAUCUGUCGUAAUAAUAACCUGAGGAGUCACGGUCGAGGGGGAGAAAAAUCAAAAGGCCUUUUUUAAUUUGCAUUGUUUUUAUUUUUAGUUUAACCACUAUUUUUAGCAUUUUUACAAUUAUGGAUAAAAUAUGCUAUUUCUAAUCAUUUAUUUUUUUUCUUUCUUUCUUUUUUUUUUUUUCUGGAAAUCAUCAGGUGACCCACCCCCACUUUGGGAACCACUGUUCUAGAGCACUGUAUGACUCCAUAGGUAUCAGCUGAGGGUCUGGAUUUCUAGCUGGUCGAAACACUGAGUAUGUUUACAUGGACAACAAUGUUCCGAUAUUAACACGAUUAAGAGAAUACUCUGAUUAAGAAACUACCAUGUAAACAGUGAUUUUUUGAUUACCUUAAUCCGGUUAAAGUCAUACUCGAAGUGAACACAAAUUGAAUUAAGACAGGUGGAGUAUUCCUAUUUUAGUCGCAUUAUUGGGGUGCAUUAUAGACAUGUAUACACCUUAAUCACGCUAUCAACGUCAUGUGGGAGUUUUCACCGCAUUUUGCUAAGGACACAUAAUACACACACACGGCAGUGGUCAACCGUUUGACGGCAAACAAGAGAGCAAGCUGAAGCUUCAAGCAAGAAGCCACAAAUCAAAUUCCUCUCACCUCUCAUCCAGUACCUCUGAGAUUGUCACGGUGCAUGAAUGAAAUGUUGCCGAAUUAAAGUGCAUAGGAGGCCUGUUGCUGGAGAAUUUGUAUCCACCGUCUUCUAUUUACAGAGCCCCACACAUGAGAGGGAAAAUAAAUAGUAGGCUAAACGAUUUACUAAUUCAUUCCCUCCAUUUACUAAAUUGUGCGCACGAUUACUAAUUUAUUCCCUUGAUUUAUAAAUCAUGCACAUGGUUUAUAAAUCAAAGGAAAGAAAUAGUAAUUGUGCGCACAAUUUAUUUAUUUUUUCUUGCAUGUCAUAUGCGGGGCUCCGUAUCUAUUUGCACAUAUAGCAUGUCAAAUAAUUUACUGCACUAGAAGCUUUCGUAAAAUUAAGAAUGAAACAGACAAAACUGUGUAUGGUACCAUAACAAAGACGAACUGUGUGGUGAUAUGUUAAAUUCUGUAGAGAACGUCGGAGGGCGCGUUGUGGGGAUGUAAUGAUGUUUUCCAUUAAUCGAUGUUCUAUAACAUGUAAAACGGGAACAUGAAAGAAAUAUUCUAAAAGCAACUCAUGUAAACACCUUAAUCAUAAUAUUGUCUUGUUCAGAAUAAGGUCAAUAAUUAGAUUACUGCUGUCCAUGUAAAUAUAGUCACUGUCACCAGUGGCGGAAUGUCCGGUUCAUCUUUCUGAGAUGGCAGAAAAACAACAGAUCGUGACUGUCUCCCUCUUCCUCUGUCUCUCCCUCUGCUUGGCCCUCUUCCUCUCCCUCUUUCUCUCCUUCUUCCUCUCCCUCUCUCGCUCCCAUUUUCUCUCCCUCUGCUUUGCCUUGUAAUUCUGCCUCUCCCUCUGUCUUCAUCUCUGAAUCCACUGAAAGUUGCAGCUGAAGUAGCUGAAGAGGUUGAGGGUUGAGGUCUGUCAUCAUCCUUGUCUUCAUCAUCUGAAUAAUACAAAUCAACAAAAUAGUCUGAACUGAACUAUAGUAUAAAACUAAUAUACAACAAUGUAGUACAACCUGAAUAUAGUAUCAAACUAGUAUUGUACACACAAUAUAGUACAAACUGAAUAUAGUACAAAACUAAUAUAAAACAUAAUACAUGUAAUGCAUAAUUCAAUGCAUCAUACAUCUAAAUAUAUAAUUAUCACAUAAUUAUGGCACUGUAAGAAAAAAUGAUGAGGACGUUGAAGAUCUCGAUGAAGAAGUUUAUUGCAGCUUAGCAGUGACAAAGUACAAGUAGCACCUUGGGUUCAUCGGAGUCGGAAUGAACCCAGAACAUCCAAAUCUCAAAACUUUUAUCCUGUUACAGUUCACCACUCUUCAUGUAAAUGUAGUUUCUCAUGUUUUACCAGCUGUGGUCUGUAUGUUAAUGAAGUUGUGACACCUCAUUGUCUGAGAUGGUUCUCUGUGUCCCACACCCAUACCCAUUCUACAAUUGAUUACCAUUUGCUCAGGAUUUGAUCAACCAAAUGGUACAUAAACAAUAUACCAGUUGACUUUCUUCUUCUCUAUGAUAAUUAAGCCAUUUUGGGGAUGAGCUUAUUCUAAAAUAUACUUUGGAGUGGAAUCUGGGUCGAGGCAGACUACAAUUUCUUACAGCACAUUUGCACAUAUAUCAUUCAAAUUAGUAAAGGUUGUAUAAAAGAACAAAUAUGCAUAAACUCACCGAUCUAGGGCUGAAUUUCUUCAGGCAGAAGCAUGUCUGGCUCAUCAUCGCUUGAUGGAUGAUUUUGUUCAUCGUCACUCUUGCAAAGUUCCUCAACAACUUCUAACAGUGUAUAAUGCCUUUUAGGCCAUCGUGGAUCCGUCUUGUGAAUGUGAGGUGAAAAAGACAAUGUAGUCUGUGUCUUCUGGCUUUCUACUCUGCAUAUUUACAAACAUUCACCAGGUUUUCCAAACAGACCGCUGAGCGUGAUUGGCACGUGUUUGCAAUCAGCCAUAAACAUGUUUUCUAUUGGAUAAAGCCUAUCUUGUCAUGAGAGUUCAAAGAGAUCAUUGGUCAACUGAGAUGCUGAAAUUGAAGGAGCCCUAGUGACAGCUUUGGCUGCUCUUUUUGGCUAUUGAAACUGUCUUGCCUUGCUGUUAUUUGACAUAACUUUGUGAAGGCAGGCUCAAAGACUCUACCAACACAGCAAUUAGUAUAAUAUUGCAAAACCACUAAAAAAAUUACAUUUUAUUAGAACAACAUUAUAAUGCUCAUUCAAGACAGUAUAUAUGAAAUAUGAAUAUAUAGAUAGAUAUUAUGUAUGUGUACAAUAUUAUUUUAUCCAUAUUUCUGGACAAAAUACUAGAAUUGAUGUUUUAUUAUGAACCUUCAGUGUGAAAAAUAAGUUUGAAUAAUUGAAAGUGUGUGUAUCAACUUUUUGUAUUAAAGGUUACAACUGCUGUUAUGUAGAUUUUUUUGAGGUGCACUCUUGUCAUAAAUUACUCAAUUCAAUUCAAAUUUGCUUUAUUGGCAUGACACAGUAUUGCCAAAGCACUGGCCAUUACAUAAGCAAUGAACAAAUAAUGAUUAUAUAAUGCAUAAACAAAACUAGAAUAAACACAUAAAUAUAUAUACAUUUUAUUUAUACAAGAAAAAACAACAACCAAAAAAACAAAACCUAAAAAUUAUACAUACAUUUAGACGUUAAGAAUAUUUCUGAUUCUAGUUUUGUCCACUGGCUGCUGACUCUCUUCGAUUAUGGCAAGCUGUUAUGUAUUUUGCUGUUGUUUCAAUUAAGUUGGAGUUUUCUCCCAGAAUAUGAUUUAUUUUUUCUGUAUUUGAUAAUGCCAUAAAAUUUGGUUCUAGUAGUUGGAUUUUAGUGAAAUAGUCAGAUCGAAUGUUGAGAUAGUGAUCACAGUGCAGCAGGAAGUGUUCCUGUCUCCACCUUUCUCUGAGAGCACAGUGAACACUCUGCUCUCGCAGCCGCCAUCUCUGCCCGUGCCGUCCUCUCUCUACAGCUAGGCUAUGAUCACUCAGCCUGUAUCUGGUUAGGGUCUUUCUCACUUUAUGUUCUUUAACACAGCUCAGAUAUUCUGCUGGGUUGUAGUCUCUUUUUAGUUGUAAAUAGAGUUCCAUCUUCUUUUGUAAUUUAGUGGCAUCUUUCCAAUAGUUGAUGUAAUUUUGUUUUUGUAACUGAACAAUUUGGUUGGGCCGGAUUGUGCUGUGUAGGUUUGGCUGUAGUUUCAACACCAGCUGUGAUAGGGCACUCCUGAUCAGGUUCUGCUCCUGACACUGCAGAGCUUCUGCCUGGUAUGAGCUCGGAUCACUGUUUUUAAGGUGCUGGUAGAAUUUCAGAGCUUUUUUUUGGAUAUCAAUAAAGGGUAUUUUAUUGACAGCUCUGCAUGAGUUGUUUGGUGUCGCUCUGUUUACUUUUAAGAUGCUUUUACAAAUUUGAGUAUGCAGAGUUUCAAUUUCUUCUUGAUCCCAUUUUGAAAAAUCUUGGGGUUUUAGGGGUCCCCAUACCUCACUGCUAUGUAGAGCAAUUGGUCCAAUUAUUGCUUUUAGGAUUUUCAGCCAGGUUUGAACUGGAAUUUCAUGUGGAAUUGUAUUUUUAAUCAUGUAGAAGACUCUCAUUGCUUUUACUCUCAGCUCUUUCACAGCCAGAUUGAAGUUCCCUGUUGAACUCAGUUUUAGACCCAGAUAGGUGUAUUCGUAGGCAUGUUGGAGGACCUGGUUUCCUGCUCUAAAGGUGUAUCUAUUUUCCCUACACCUGGAUCUGUUUUGAAAAAUCAUUAUUUUGGUUUUUGCUCUAUUACUGUUAUUAUGUAAUUUUUAUCAUAAAAAAAUGGACAAAUAUCUAUUCAGGUGUCUUAGACCUUUCCAACGAUAUAUAGUUUGUCAUGAUUACAUUAGGAUUUAAUUGAAAUAAAGUGAAGUAAACUUUUAACAGUUAAGGGGUUAAAUAUAUACAUGUAUGUGUGUGUAUUUAUAUAUAUCACGAUUAUUGUUGAACAGCCCUAAUUGCAGAAGUCAAGAAGAUGGAAGACAUUUUAAGCUGGAAAACAUUAGAAACCAGAAAGCCAGCAGAGGCGACCUCUUCAGAAUCAGCAGCCUUAGAGCCAACAAGGAAGAGUAGACUUUCAAGCGUUUCUGAUGAAAUCCUGGAAGAAAACACUGAUGAUGAACCUGAUCCAGAGUCAACCACCACAAGGGAGCACUUGUGUGCAUACCUGCAUCAGACAGAGUGUCCAAAACUCCUGAACAUAUGAAGCAGCUGAGAUCCACGUGACAUACUGUUAAAAAGAUGGCAUUUAUUAAAGAGGAGAGUGAAGACAUGAAGAUUGAAGAAGUAUUCAGCCUGAAACAAGAAGAUACUGAGGAACAAACAGACCUGAGGCCAUUGAAAGAGGAGAGUGAAGUACUGAAUGAAAUGAAAAAUCAUGAUUUCAUAACUGAAGAAAUAUCUUUUAGUGGCUCACAGACUGAAAAGUCUCAAAAAAGAGCUCAAAAGACAGGAGCUAGCAGUUUUUUCACCUGCUUUCAGUGUGGAAAGAGUUUCAGUCAACAUGAAAACCUUAAAGUCCACAUGAGACUUCACAAUGGAGAAAAGCCUUUCACAUGCCAACAGUGUGGAAAAAGUUUCACUGAAAAAGGAAACCUUAAUGUUCACAUGCGAAUUCACACUGGUGAGAAGCCUUUUACCUGCCAACAUUGUGGAAAGAGUUUCACUCAAAAUGGAGCCCUUAAAAGCCACAUGAGAACUCAUACCGGAGAGAAGCCUUUCACCUGCAAACUGUGUGGAAAGAGUUUCACAACAGAUAUAAACUUUAGGUAUCACAUGAACAUUCACACUGGAGAGAAGCCGUUCACAUGUAAUCAUUGUGGAAAGAGUUUUGCACGUAAAAUUAGCCUUAAUAACCACAUGAGAGUUCACUCAAGAGAGAACAGUUUUAUAUGUCAUCGGUGUGGAAUGAGUUUCCCUAACAUAAAACGUCUUAAUAGGCACGUAAUAAUUCACUCUGGUGAGAAGCCUUUCAAAUGCCAGCUGUGUGAAAGGAGCUUCCGAUUCAAUAAAUACCUGAAGACUCACAUGAGAAUGCACACCGGAGAGAAGCCUUUCACAUGUGAUCACUGUGGAAAGAGUUUCAGUCAUAAAGUAAGCCUCAAGACUCACAUGAGAAUUCACACUGGAGAGAAGCCUUACACAUGUGAUCAGUGUGGAAUGAAUUUUACAUAUAAAGAAUCAUUUGAUUCCCACAUGAGAGUUCACACUGGAGAGAGCCCUUACACCUGCAAACUGUGUGGGAAGAGCUUCUCACAAAAAGGAAAUCUUAAGUAUCACAUUAGAAUUCACACUGGAGAGAAGCCUUUCACAUGUGAUCAGUGUGGAAAGAGUUUCAGACAUAAAGUAACCCUUAAUAACCACGUAAGAAUUCAUUCAAGAGAGAACCUAUUUAUAUGUCAUCAGUGUGGACAGAAUUUCACAGACAGGAAUGAGCUUAAGAGGCACGUAAGCACUCAUAUUGGAGAGAAGCCUUUCAUGUGUCAUCACUGUGGAAAGAGUUUCACACUUAAAGGAAACCUCAAGACUCACAUGAGAGUUCACUCUAGAGAGAAGCCUUUCACCUGCCCUCAGUGUGGAAAGAGUUUCAGAUUUAAAGGAAAUCUUGACACUCACAUGAGACUUCACACUGGGGAGAAGCCUUUUACAUGUCUUCAGUGUGGAAGGAGUUUCACAUAUCAAAGAGACCUGAAUUGUCAUUUGCAAAGUCAUUCUGGAAAGAAAUUGCAGUGUUCUGAGUGUGACAAGAGGUUUAGAAAAAGGAGCAAUUUUAAAAAUCACCUGCUGCUUCAUUCUGGAAGAAGGCUAUUUAAUUGUGAUCAGUGUAAUAAAAAAUUUCUUUUGCCAUCACACUUAGAGAUACACCUGAAAAGUCAUACAUAUGUGAGACGCUAUUUGUGUUCUUUGUGUGGAAAGAGUUUUAAAUGGCUCAGCAGUUUAAAAUGGCACCAGAAAAUACGUAUCUGUGUAAAAUUAAGGCUACGUUCAAACCGCAGCUGAAUGUGGGCCAAAUCUGAUUUUUCUAUCAAACAUAUUUGGUAAGGCUGUUCACGUGACAUUUUAAAUUUGGCCCAUAUCAGAUUUUCAUCUGAGGUCUGUUCUUAGUACCUCACUUAAUACAUCUAAGAUGAUUUGACAGAUGCUAGAUCUUCUAAUCGUGAUAACUGAUCUCUGGCUAAUUUGGUUCUUCAAAUGAAUUUGUGGAAUUUAUUAAAAUAUCAGGAUUAAGUUGUCUGAGAUUCUUGUGUUCCUUAAAAUGGGCAGAUGAAUCGAUACUCGAAACCACGAUCAGAAAUGCAGCGAUUGGCUGGUGGCAAGACAUCAACGUAAUGACAUCAUAUAAUUAGAAAAGACACCUCAUGAAAAACUCAACGAAUUUCUGGACCUUUAUAAUGAAACAGCCAAGUGAAUAAAAUGACAUUACAACAUGCAUGUUAUAACAGAUAAAUGAAAUGUGCCCUUUUUUUUUUUUUUUUUACGUGAUUCCCAAAUAUAUUUAGAUUUGUAGUCAUUACAUUUUUAUUUCAAAGUUGUAAUUCGAAAUUCAUUUAAUUUUUUCUUUGAAGCAGAUUUGUUAUGUGACAGCUUUAAUUAAAGAUUUAAUUAAAAAUUAAAGUCAACAUCAAGUUAUCUGCAUCUCCUGUGCUGCAUCAAGCCAUUUCCGUAAUAGCGUCACCAUUCAAAUUAAUGCAUGGCUCAGAAUAACUGUACAGCUUGUGUGUAAGACUCCAGUACAAUUGUAAAGCAAUUAUUCCAUCACAAAUAAAUCUUUCAAUGAGUAAAACUGAUUGUGUCUAUAGUAUUUUAGACUACACAACAUUAUAAUAUUAUUUUCAAAUUAAUUUGUAAAUUAUUAUCAUUUUAAAUUAUUGUCCCUAUAUAAGUACACUUGAAAUAAAUUUGCAGUGGCUGAGACAGAUUUUAAGUAUCAAUUCCACUUCAGAUGCAAUGAAAUCUAAUCCUUUUUACAUGAAAUAAGCCUGCUCACGAGCAGGUUUAAGCUUACGGACCUGUUGCUAUGACAGCAUGUCCAGGAUGAGCGUUGAAGAACCGAACAAUCCAGGAUCAUGCCAAAUCGUCAACAAUCAAAUCCAGCUAACCGAGUUAGCGAUAUACGAAGAACGGGCCCCUGAUCAGGUGCUCCAGCAAAACUUGAGAGUGUCUUUUUUGUGUCCUUUAGUUCUUUAUCCUUUGCCUCAAAUAUGGACCCUUUUCACUGACUUUGAUGAUCACUAUACAUUUAUAUCACUAUACUUUAUAUUUUAUUACGUUUGCAUCCAAAUACAAAAAACAGUUAACGCUGCCGCGAGGGUGUUUCUAAUACAGCAGCAAUGGAAGUGAUGGUAAAAUUUACAUAUUUCUCCCUUCUGACUGCAGUUAUCAAUCUUCUUUUUGAAAGUUGUGAAAACACUAUUGUGGAGUUUUUCUUUUGCUAUUUGAGCAAAUGGGAACACAAAAAAUAUAUUCAAUGUAGUCUCUCAUUCACCGCUAUAUGACGACUUCCGCUUUUUAGAAACCCGGAAAUGUGAAAAGGGUCGAUUUGAUUAAUACGGUGGAAUCAUAAUAUUAGAUAAAUGAACUUUUGUCUUACUGUGUAAUAACACAAUGUAAAGCUUAUAAAUAAAAUAUUGCACUGCAUUAUUUGAUUGAUCUUUAGUGAGAGAAUGCACAGGUAAACAUGUUGUUAAACAGGACAUGAAUGUGGCCAGUGUUUGGCUACGGGUGUCUCAUUGCUAGUCCUGUCUGUCUGUCUAGUGUGCAUAUGAUGGACACUUUACUAUCCCAUGAGGCCACGGGCGAGGAUUUGUGAAUAGCGGUGAAGCAACGCAACUAAUGCUGUAGGUCACGUGAUAAGGGCAACAUGGCAAAUGUAGUACACCCAGAUUACAUUAAUAUUACACACAUUCAUAUUAGAAGAUACUUUUUAAGCAGUUGUG